AUGAUCCCUUUCCCUUUCUUCUUUUUCCUUUCGGUUUUCACAGGGUCGAGGUACUGUAACAAGGACAGUUCCGAUAACGAAAGAGACGGAAUCAUGGGUAGAUUGUUGACGAAUUCCAAGAUGAGGGAAUGUAAUGGUGGAUGGAAAUGGAAAAAGCUGCUUCUUUUUGUUUGGAUUUUCGUUUUUGCCACUGGGUUUGUUUGGUUCUUGUUUGGUGGUGUUUCGAGUGAAAAAAGAUUGAAGAUUUCAGGGAAAUGUGAAGAUAAUAAUUCUUCGGUUUUGAUUCAACAAUUCAAUGUCAGCAAAGAUCAUCUUUAUGAACUGGCUUCCUCUUUCUUUGAGUCAAAUCAGAUAACUUCGUUGAAAUGUACCAAACAAUUAGAACAUGAAACAGUAAUCACAUGUGCUCUUGAAGUGCCAAAAUUAAAAAACCAUGAACUUGAAGAGCAUCAUUCACCUAAUGUGGAAUAUGAAGAAUCAAGUGAUGAAUACAUUGAAGAGAAUAUAAUGCAAACAAUGGUACCUCAAAACUUUCUAAGAGAAAAUUACAAUGGUAUUUGCCUUUGUGCCAUUUUUAUAAUGGCACUAAGCUACCGGAAUCGUGGAUUCCGGACAAUAUUAUGGAGGAAUCAGAAUCGGAAUCGGAAUCGGAAAGUGCACGAGAAGAAAGAUAAAGUAGAGGGAUCCUCAAGGGGAGCUGGAAAAUGGAUGAAAAAGCUACUUGUUCUAUACAUCAUAGCUGGAAUCGCUGCUUCAAUUUGGUUAUUUUGGUACUUAAAUUCAGGAAUUAGUUUUAGAAGAAAAGAAACCCUAGCAAACAUGUGUGAUGAAAGGGCAAGAAUGUUGCAAGAUCAAUUCAAUGUGAGCAUGAAUCAUGUUCAUGCAUUGGCUAUUCUUGUUUCCACUUUUUACCAUGGGAAAGAACCUCCUGCUAUCGAUCAAAAAACAUUUGGCGAAUAUACUGAAAGAACAUCGUUUGAAAGACCACUUACAAGUGGUGUUGCGUAUGCUUUGAGAGUGCGUGAUUUUGAGAGAGAAAGUUUUGAGAAAAAACAUGGAUGGACAAUAAAGAAAAUGGAAACUGAAGAUCAGACAUUAUCACAAGAUUGCGACCCUGAAAAAUUGGAUCCUUCACCUAUUCAAGACGAAUAUGCACCUGUUAUUUUGUCUCAAGAAACCGUUGCACAUAUCGUCUCUAUUGAUAUGAUGUCUGGAAAGGAAGAUCGUGAGAAUAUUUUGAGAGCAAGGGCAUCGGGAAAAGGGGUUUUGACAUCUCCUUUCAAGCUAUUGAAAUCGAACCAUUUAGGAGUUGUUCUUACAUUUGCUGUUUACAACACUCACAUUCCUCAAGAUGCGACACCUGAGCAACGAAUUAAUGCAACAGUGGGGUAUUUAGGAGCAUCAUAUGAUGUCCCAUCAUUAGUUGAAAAGCUUCUACAUCAACUAGCUAGCAAACAAACCAUUGUUGUCAAUGUUUAUGACAUCACAAAUGUUUCUUCAGCCAUUAACAUGUAUGGACCUAAACAGAUUGACACCGGGUUGUUGCAUAUUAGUGGUCUUGACUUUGGUGAUCCUGCUCGAAGGCAUGAAAUGCGUUGCAGGUUCAAGCACAGGCCUUCACCACCAUGGACAGCCAUAGCAGCAUCAAUCGGAGCGCUUAUAAUCGUUUUUCUUCUUGGCCAUAUCUUCUACGCAGCCAUAAACAGAAUUGACACAGUCGAACGUGACUAUAACGACAUGUUAGAGCUUAAAUUCCGCGCUGAAGCUGCUGACGUGGCAAAAUCCCAAUUUCUUGCAACGGUUUCGCAUGAAAUCAGGACUCCUAUGAAUGGGGUUUUGGGCAUGUUGCAGAUGUUAAUGGACACGAAUUUGAACGCGAAGCAAUUGGAUUUUGCACAAACUGCUCACGAAAGUGGAAAAGAUUUAAUAAAGUUGAUUAAUGAAGUUUUAGAUCAGGCGAAAAUUGAAUCUGGAAGACUUGAGCUUGAAUCUGUCCCGUUUGAUCUUCGCACCAUUCUCGAUAACAUUUUAUCGUUGUUUUCAACCAAAUCCCAAGAAAAGGGCAUCGAGUUGGCAGUUUAUGUUUCCGAUCAACUUCCCGAAGUUGUUGUUGGAGAUCCCGGACGUUUCAGACAAAUAAUCACAAAUCUUGUUUCAAAUUCACUUAAAUUCACACACGACAGAGGACACAUAUUUGUAUCAGUCCACCUAGCCGAUGAAGCCAAUCACCCACAUGACACAAAAGAUUCACUACUUAAAAAGACUUUGACUUUUGUUGACUCAUCAAAUCACAAUGUCCACAACACCCUAAGUGGGCUUCCAGUUGUUGACAGGAGAAAAAGUUGGGAACUUUUUGAGAACUUAAGUGAAAAACAUCCAAUAAAUCAAUCCGAAAAGAUCAAGAUUUUAGUAACUGUUGAAGAUACGGGUGUUGGAAUCCCAAAAGAUGCACAAAGUCGAAUCUUUAUGCCAUUCAUGCAAGCAGAUAGUUCAACUUCAAGAACUUAUGGUGGAACUGGAAUUGGAUUGAGCAUAAGUAAGAGAUUAGUGGGAUUAAUGGAAGGUGAAAUUGGUUUUGUUAGUGAGCCCGGAAUUGGAAGUGCUUUUUCAUUUACAACGGUUUUUAUGAAGAAGGAAACAAGUUCUUUAGACACGGUUUUGCAACAAUAUUAUCCAACAAUAUCCGAAUUCAAGACACUAAAAGCAUUGGUGAUUGAUCAGAAAAGUAUAAGAGCUGAAGUUACAAGAUACCAUCUUCAAAGAAUGGGAAUCUUUGUGGAAAUAGCAUCUAGUUUAGAUUCUGCACAAUCUUACAUAUCAAGUGAUUCACCUCAUCUUGACAUGAUUCUGAUAGACGAAGAAGUUUGUGACAAGAACACGAGUCUUGAAGAGGUCAAAGUCAAACCAAUUGGGAUGAAACCAAAAGUGUUUCUUUUGGUCAAAUCUAUAGACCCCAUUAGACAUAAUGACCUCAAAUUAGCUAAUCUUGUGUGUGAUGUUCUUGUGAAGCCUCUUAGAUUUAGUGUCUUGAUUUCUUGUUUUCAAGAAACUCUUAUAUCAAAAGACAAAACACAAGUGGCAAGAAGAAAACCGAAAACACUUGGGACUUUGCUACGUGACAAAAAAAUCUUGGUGGUUGAUGAUAAUGUUGUGAAUAGAAGAGUUGCAGAAGGUGCUUUGAAGAAAUAUGGAGCUAUUGUCACAUGUGUGGAAAGUGGGAAGUCUGCUUUAGAAAUACUUAGACCACCUCAUUGUUUUGAUGCAUGUUUUAUGGAUCUUCAAAUGCCGGAAAUGGAUGGGUUUGAAGCUACAAGACAAAUCCGUGGUUUGGAGAACAAGGUUAAUGAAAAGAUUGAAUCUGGUGAAAUACCUAUUGAUAUGUUCUCAAAUGUGACUCAUUGGCAUACACCUAUUUUAGCCAUGACUGCUGACGUCAUCCAAGCAACAGAUGAAGAAUGUAAGAAAUGUGGGAUGGAUGGCUACGUAUCGAAACCAUUUGAGGAAGAACAACUGUAUACAGCUGCAGCUUGCUUCUUUGAAUCUGGUUGAGUGGCUAAACAAAUUACGAAAAUAACCUUGAAACAUGACGUUUUACAUUGAGGUAUGGAUCCAAUUGAGGGUACCCAGAUGAACAAUUGUCUGAAACAAUUUGGGCAUUUUGGAGAAGACGACGUCUUUAAACUCUUUCCAUUUAGGAUCGUAUUUCACCAAGCUUCCUCCUCUGUAUUCCAGUAAGAUCUCUCCGUUCUUCAAAACGCAUAAAACCCUAACCAUCCUCCGUGAUAAACCAGGUCUCCCUAUCUGGUAAUGGUUCUCAUGAUUCGGGACCCUUGCAGGAUAAACUCCAUGGAUGACGAAUUCCUUCAUCCAAGAUUCCUGGGAAUCGUAUUCCUUCAUGACCCAGAUCUCCAAUUUCCCAUACCCACAUGAAAUCACCGCCGCUAGACACCCUCGUAUGACGGCCAAGUGAAAGUUGCUCCGGAUGACUGUAACAUGGUUAGGUUUCGUCACUACUUUGAACUGUUCGUCUUUUAGGUCAAAAGAGAUGAUCGCUCGACCUAAAACUCCGGCGACUCUACCAGGUCGGCUCAGCCAAUGGAUUCUCCCGUUCACUACAGGAACUUCCGCCGCUUGUCUGUCAAGCUGGUAAGGCACUUUCCCGAGCGAUCUCCAUGUAUUCUUGUUUGUUUCUUUGGAAAUUGUGAGAAUUUGAACCUCCGAUUUCGGGUAAUUCCUGUUGUUUCGGCUGACCCGACGAUUCCCCUGCCGGUUUCUGUAGUACACAAUCUUCACAACCUUGUACUCGUUUGUAAUUGGGUGAAAUCCGAAUCCGAACAUCACCUCCUGUUCCUGAAACUGCUUGGAUUUCGGUAGCUCCAGAUAAUCCCGGGAAAACGGGUUGAAAACGUAAACGGGUUCACCAUAAAGCGAAUCGGACAAGCACAACAAGCCAUUACAUGAACCCACGACGUUGAAUUCAGGCAUGGAGCUACAAAAAGGUGUGGAAAUCUUUCUUACGAUUUUGUCGUCGUCGUCUUCAUCAUCUUCAUCUUCGUCGCCGCCGCCACCGGAGGAUAACUCGACGAAAGAGAGUUGGUUACGGAUAGGGUAAUCGCAGUGGAACAGCAGCGUCGGGUCGUUUUCCGCCACCGCAGCGUGGUGAAGCCGGGAAAGUUCAGGGUCGACUGACAGCAGUUUCCAUGAACGGCAAACAAACCGGAACUGAAUCAGGGAUGAAAUCGGCAGCUUGGCGAGUAUGUCGAGGAGUACAUCCCUGGGUAAAUUCUCCAAUCCGAAACCCUCGCCAUGGAUUCUGUCAUCAUCUUCAUCUAAAAGUUUUGACCUUUUCUUUCUGGGUUCGAUUUGGAAAGACGAAUUCUGGAUUUGGAAAGAUGAAUCCAUGAGAAAAGAUUGAAGAAAUGGUGCAGAAGUAGCAGAAGGAGGCAAACGCAUAUUCUUGCUAUAUAGGGUGGGGGUUGAAGUUUGGGAAUGGAUCAUGCCAUAAAUUGAGUUUGGUGGGUCCCACCAUUCAAUAAUAAUUUGGGGGCAUAUGUCUAAAAGUCCAUCUUUUUUCCUUUAUAAACGGGUGUUUAGUAAUAAAAAUAAAUAAAUAAUGAGGAUAUGGUGACGAAAAAAACCUAAAUGAGUAUUGUAUUUGUUUAAAUAUACAUGUAUUUGUAUUUGUUAAUUAAUUAUUUACAAUAAAAGAAUGCUACUAAUUAUAUCG